AUGCCAGGAUUUAUGAAAAAUAAAAUUUUUGCUAUAUGAGAAUUUAAUGCUGUAAUUUCAAUAAUAAAAGAUGAAAGAUUGGCAAGAGUAAAAUUUUCAAAAAUUACUAAAGCAGAUUUUUCAAUAGAAGGCGAUAUUCAAGAAUGAAAAAUAAAUAAAUAUUUUACAAGUGGAAAAUGCAAGAAUUUUCCAGAUACAAGCUUUUUAAAAUUUUUACAAAAAUUCAGUAAAGUGAGGUUUAGGGAUGAAGGGAUUUGCGAUACGCUGAUAAAAUUAUAUACUGAAUUUAGCUCGAGAAAGCCAAGAAUUUCAGUAUUGAUGAAUUUAGUUGACGAGACAGGAAAAAGUCUUGAUGAAGUAAUGGAUGGGUAUAAAAAGUUAAUUGAAAUACAUAAAAACGUUGAAUGCUAUGAUAAUUAUGCGAGUUUUCUAGAAAAUAUAGUAAAUGAUGCAGAAGAGGCAAAUUUGAUACACAGAAAAAGGAAUGUAUUGAAUAUUAAUAAUGCCAGAAACGACUAUCAAAACUUAGAAAAUUAUGGCAAAGAUGUCGGGAUUUUGCUAAUUUUAUGCUCAGAUGAAGCUUUUGGAACAAUUGUCUAUAUUAACGAAAAGGCUUCACAGAUUUUAAAAGUUUCCACAGCAAAUGCUAAUGGAAUUUCUCUGUCAAACUUCAUCCCUCAUACUUAUGGCAACUUACAUGAGAAAUUAAUGAAAAAUCUUGUAGAAGAAUGUAAAAAUGUAGAUAUUUCUUCUCAUAAAACUCAAUGUUUUGUGACAAGUGAUGGAUUUUUAGUAGAGAGUUAUGUCAUGAUUAAAUUGACUGUAUUUCACAAUUCUCUUUAUUUUUUAGCAUCAGUUAAGCCUCGAUCGGCAACUAAUAGAGAAGUUGCUAUAAUUUCUGAAGAAAACGUGAUUAUAAAUCACUUAGAACUAUUUAGCCAUUACUUAAAUAACGAUACCAAAGACCUUAAAAGUUCCCUUCUUUCUGAUAUUAUUCCCCUUAAUAUUGCAGAAAUGCAAGAUUAUAAGCCAUGGAUUAUCAAAUUCAACGAAAAACCUCUUGCUUUUGUGCGUAUCAAAAAAGCAAUAAAAUCGGUAUCAUUUUAUUGCUUGCUUAUGAUUCAUAAUGAUAAUGAAAUUCAUGAAUGGGAAAUAGGGAAUAAUGAAGACCAAGAAGAAUUCCUUGGAAGCGCUUAUCGAAAAGAAAUAGCUGAAAAAGCCUUAUUAAAACACAAAUUUAGUGAAAUUAUUGAAUAUACGCCAAAAGAAAUUGAUUAUUUAAUUAGCAGCAAAGAAAAUGGAGAAAUUCAAUUAGAAAAUACCUCAAAGCCUUCUACAUCAAAAAGCAGCAGAAGCAUUUAUUCAAGCCACUCAAAGCAGCUGCUCUUAAAAUCAAAGCAAAAAGUAAGGGUUCUCCAAUGAGUUUUAUUUAUUGUGGUAAAAAAUAUUUAGAUACUUUCCGUGAUCAUUACAAUGAUAGGGAUUUUAAAUUAUAUAAUAGGAGACGUUUCCCAUACCUCAAAAAUGAGUUCCUUACUCCCCCCUCCUGAGCGAACAAAAAAAUUUUGUUGGUUAAAUUUUUUUUUUUAAAACAACUAUAUAGAAAAUAAUUUUUUUCGAAAUUUAAAAAAUCCUAAGUCGCAAAAAUUGGAAGCAAAUAUUAAUUUAAUUUAUAAAAAUUUAUGUUUUAAAAAGCAAUUUGUUUAAAAUUAAACAGAAUUAGCUCUAGAUUUCAUUAUACUAAAUAUCACUUAUAUAUCAAAAUUUUUUUUCCAUAAAAAAUUUUUGUGGUGGGUUUUUGGGAAAAAUAUGGAUUUUUCGAAUGGUUUUGCUAACUCACGGAGAAGGGGGAGUUUAGGAGACCUUGGCAAGCUUUUAUAUAACUUAGAAGCUGUAACAGACUCUAUUAGAACUUUAGAAAAACAAAUUAAAAGCAAUUCUACCCAGGCUCAGAAGGAUAGUAACACAAAGGUUUUUCUUGACCUUUUAGACGAUUUAGACAUAAUUCGUGCGAAUCUUUUAGGCGAUUUUGAUGAAUGGAGCUUCUGUAAUAGCGCUGAAAUAAUAUCAAGACCUAUUAUACCUUUAUGGAAUUUUGAAAAAGAAAGACCGAAAAUCGAUUAUAGUAACCUUUAUAACACACUCAGUAAAUUUAUAUCAAAUGUAAUCGUUAUUUAGGGGAAAAAUAUGAUUACUGAGAUAGCCUUAAAACAAAACUAUUCUGCAAAUUCGAAGUUUUUAUUUUUGAAUGGAAUUAGUAAUGGUUUUGAUUAUUCAAAUAAAACAGCCAAUGAAAUCAUUAAUUGUGAAAUAAGCAGAGUUUUGCUGACAGGGACAAAUAUAUAUGCACUUAUCAUCUUAAGCUAAGUUAUUAAGCAUCCUGCCAUGAGGCUCUGACUAUCCACCCCGUCUCGGCUCCAAAAUGGCAUCCGAGGACGCCAUCUUGGAUUUCCGAUAUAAUUCACCUGUCACGGGAUUAGCUCGCCCUGGACAAAGCCGCUCUUAGAUAGCGCCCCGAUGGUCUCGAUGAGGAAAGACCAUGUGGUAGGCAAAUCCUGUCUACCCCAUCUUACAGGGACAGGAAAAAGCUUCGGGGGAGAAAUAAAACUUCCAUCUUCGGCAAGGCAUCCCCAAGGGAUGAGGUCCUAUUUCAGCACAUCAGGAUGGAUCCUACCUUCUCCAUAGGGAGUGUGCAUCGGAGUCCAAGUUCCGUCAACGUCACCAUUUUAUUUCGCUUAUCAUCGUAGGAAUGUUUAUGCUUGUACUUCUUAUCCUAGUGAUCUGUGGAUUCGCAGCACUAGUGUCUCGGACUUGUGACGAUUUUUGGAAUUUUUUGCUAAAUAAAGGACAAAUCUCAAUGGCAAGGCUUAAAUCUGCCUCGCUUGACAGAUUAAUGGUAGUGCAUGGCAUUGAUUAUAAUAUUGAAGCACCCUCUGAAUCAAUCAAAAAUAACCGUUUUGUCCAUAAAGUUAAGUCAAAUUUAUAUAUGAAAUUCAUGUGGAGAAUUUUUAUAUUUUUUUUAAUUGCAGCUUCUUACUACUGUUUAAUAUGCUUUCACAUGUACCCAAGCUGCGAAACAAUGAUGAUAAAACGCCCGAAACUUUUAAACAAUUUUAAUGCAAAAAGAGCUUUAAUUUUUAGACUCAGCAUUUUCGCAAGGGAAUGCAUGAGUCCUUAUAUGGUCUCAAAUUUUCAAAAUUCAUAUGAUUUUCCUAAUCCAAAAACAAUGCUAAAUAAAAUUGUUUGGCAUAAGAGAUAUUUAAUAUAUAACUAAUGAUAAAGCCCGUUCUAAAGAAAUAUUUUUAUGUAGAAAUCUUAAAAAAUCCCCUUUAGCGAGCAAAAAUAACCUUAAUCAAAGGACAGUAAAUAAAACAUAUGACCUUAAGAUUUAUUAGGCUAAGUUAUUAAAGACAGGUAAUAGACAUAUAUGUGAUUCAGUCAUCAAAGAUCUCUGCAACGAGGUUCAUCUGCUUUGCGGCGAUCUGUUUAAUAGAUCUAGUCAUAGUCGGUACUGGCCACCUCUUCCAUGCCUUUAGGGGUCCAUUCUUGAGGAGCUAGCUAUGGACUUCUGCAGCCCUGAUACGGACUAUUGGAUUACUUUGAUUCUAAAAUUUGCUCCAUUUAGAUAACUACUGGAGAAAAAAAAACUACCCCCCCAGGCCAUAACCUCUAGUUUCUCACAAUAGGAAUGUCCAAGUUUCUGAAAAAUUCUGGCUCCUCCACUUACAAUCACAGAAAACAUCCAAAAUCUUCCAAAAUACACAUUUGCUAAGGCUGCACUUAUUCCUAACUUGUAGUUCAUUCCAGUUCGCCUUGACUUCCAGAUCUAUACCAAGAGGGCAAGCCGACACAUUUCACCACCUUAAUGCAUCAUAUGACCUUUUAAAGCUGAGAAUAAAAGAGCUAAAAGACGAAAAUUUUUCGAUUUUAAUGUCUGAAGAACUAUUAGACAGAAUUUAUAAGACCGCUAAUUCCUCUAAUGAGCUAUUAAAAUAUGGAAGUGAUGCUUCAGCUUUUGGAAUCACAGACGAAAUCUAUAGUAUUUCAUAUAAAACUUCAGUAAGUUCAGCUGAGUAUUAUCCUUAUAUUGCAAGAAUCAAUGCUGUCAAUAAUGAAAUUUUAUAUGAAUUUUCACUUGCUGAUCGUGAUUCAAAAAAUAUGCUGCUCUAGGUGAUUUUGACGUAAAAUAUUAAAAAAUUGUAUGGGAUUCUAGCCCAUUUAUUUAUGGGAAACUAUAAACUUUACUUAUUUUGAAAAUAUUCUGAAAUCAAUAUUAUGCAGCAGAGUUAUAUUAUUAGUAAUCAAUUGAAUGCUAUAAUAAAUAUUACGAUAAUAUACUCUAUAGCAGUUUGUGUGCUAUUUUUUGUCUAUUAUUGGCCUUAUUUCAGCUAUAAAGUAAAGCUGGUGUUAGCUAUUUAGAUGUUUCUGCAUUCAUGGCGUAAGCUGUGAUUUCAUAGCACUCAGUCACACAUCGAUACAGAGGGAAGAUACCGAUCUGACGGUAACAAUAACCAAAAUUAUCUGAUUCUUCAUGGUGGGCUUGGUAAUAUAUAUAGAGUAAAGCGGCAUGGAUUACCAACUGAUUGGGUUGCCAGCCCAGAGAUUGAGAAAAAAAGAAUUUUUUUGGGUUAAAAUGGAUUUAAAAAGCCCAAGAUGCAACGCCUGGUAUGACACUGGUGAAAGUUCUGAAUGAUCAAAAGUAAUCUAGGCUCUGCUGGGCUGACCCAUUAUACUUUGUAUCUCAAUCAUCCCGCUUGGUAAAAUCAAACCUUUAAGGAAGACUUGGUCUAGGCUAUAAGAGCAGCUAGAAUUGCUUACUAGCAUAGUUUUUCCCAUUUUCCAAUAGUAAAAUUUGCCGGUUUAGCUAAAUAUGUACUUGAAGCAGCCUGACCUUUGGCCAGGCCUAAACUGAGACGCUAUAUUUAAAUAUAUUCUAUGAAGUAAAGCAAUUUAAUAGACUUUCAGUGCUUACAACUAUAUUGGUGAUGGAAUCUGAAUAA